UCACGACUUCUAACCUCGAUGGUUUGACCCGGGAAUUCCCUUGAAGGGGGUUUCCUUACUUGUGACGUCACUACGCUAUGCACUACCGGUGCCAACAAAAAUGGCGUCCCCAUCGUUGGAGUAUCUCAAUAACGUGUGGCAGUAUGUACCCCAGGGUCACGAGAAAGCUUUGAAACAAGCUGUUUACAACACAGUGGCCAAUAUUUUCGUUCUUUUAGUUGCAGGAGCCUUUAUUGCUGUUUAUUUCGUCUUCUCACCUUUCUUGCGACCAUUAUGCUGGGCUCUCUUGUGUGGGACGUUUCUCUACCCAUUCAAGCGCACACUUACGGACUUACUUCGCGGGUGGUUGAAAGGUCUAACAUCAUCUGGAACCCCUUUCAUCGUCGGAUUAAUCAUUUUACCAGUGCAGGUUGUUACUACUACGUCUGGUGCAUUAAGUAACGCUAUUUAUAGUCACCUGGCGAUCAUCGUGGCCUUGUUUGCGGGAAUUCUGGUGCUGCAACUGAUCUACCAUUUCGGACCCCUUCACAACUUGGCCAAUGCAGCUCUGGCUUUCCUAACAUUUCUAAAUGACUUUGUCAGCUACUUCUCUUCGUUGUGGCUGUGGACUCUCAUCUUGGCAUAUAUUGGUGCAGUAGCAUUCUUCUGGCGCCCAGAAUCACACCGCAUACUGUCCAUUCUGGGUCUGCCAGUAUGGCUUAUAAUAGUCUUUCACAUUGCAUCUGCUGCUGGCGUUUUGCGGGUACCUCUACUCAUUGCCAUGGUGGUGCUACUGGUGUUUGGCUUUGUGGCAGAAGUCAACCAGGCCAGGAAACGACAAGAUUGCCAGAGAGGGUCACCAACUUUAGCCACAGUGUGGACAUUGCUAGGAUGGUCCAUCCAAUCAACAAGGGAAAGCACAGUGACUGAGAAAAUCGGUGUUGUGAAAGAUCCUGCUUCUGAGAAAGAUGGCUUGGGGACAGCCAAAAUAGAAGAAGGACCACUUCUUUCAGCAUCUUCUUUGAGUUCGUCUACCACUUCUGUAACAAAACCAACAUCUCUUAAUGUUUCCUUAGCUACAACUAGCAGAGAGGACUCCAGCAAAGAGGAGACCACAAACAUUGCUGCAGGCUCUCUCAGCCACCAGUGCUUUUAUGUCCUGUUGUGGGCGCAUGUGUUAGUCCGUCUCUGGAUGCACAUUUGGCUUGUUCUUAUCUUCGUGCUGCUGCCACUGAUCCACAUUGGACUACGGUUUCUAGUCCAGAUGAGCUUUGUCAAGGAUGCCUGGGCCAGGCUUUGUAGAGGUGCUGCUUCCUGGUUGAGUGCUCGCCAAGAUGCUCUGGCACCACGUUCUGUUCGUGGUGUUGGCAAACUGCUAAUGAGAGGAGACAGAAAGAUGGUGGCAGUGCUAGAGAAAUCACUGGACAGUGCCACAAGCACCCUGAUGAUUCUCAUGCUCUUGGUUGGCUCCUGUAUUUUUUUCGUUGUAGGAUUUGUACAGGUGCAAAGAGAGAGCAUGUACAUUGUCACUGCAACUGGCAACAUAUUCAACAACACAGUGAACCAAGACAUUUCUCAGUGGCUUCCAGAUGGAAAUGCUAUGCAGGACACAAUGGAUUCAAUGGUUGGGAAAGCCUAUGUCUACGGCCGCAAAUUUAUCGCAAACCAGGUACGUGAACUUCUUGGACAAGAUGAAAGUACAAAUGUAACAAAGGUGGAGCAACAGGUACUGGAAGUUUGGGACCAGAUCUAUGAAAAAUUCUUCUCUAAGAAUGUAACAGCCAAUGAACCAUCUGCAGCCCUUCCAGCCAUUAGAGACCUGUGGGAUGUCUGGGAUAUGGUCUCCAACGGGAAGCUUCUGAACAUAAGCAGUCUGAUUGCUUUUGCACAAGAUAAUGUAGGAACUUUCCUUUCUGUCCUAGAAUCAGUGUGGACAGUGAUUCGCAGCAACAUGAGUCUCCUUGUUUCAAUAUUCACCUCAGCACUGUCUGUUGUCUUUGGAGGAGGCACAGCAAUCCUUAACUUCGUGGUCAGCUCUCUCAUUUUCCUGACAACCCUCUUCUACUUGCUGGCAUUCAGUGGAAGCCAGUACAAACCAGUUGAGUUUUUCUCCAGGAUCAGCCCCACAGUUGGGGCUGGAGGAGGGAGUAGAGCAGGGGACUUUUUUGGACAGGCUGUGGAAGAAGCUGUCAGUGGUGUGUUCAUGGCCUCUCUCAAGAUGGCUGCAUUCUAUGGUCUUUACACCUGGCUGGUUCACCUGAUCUUUGGCCUGGACAUCAUCUUUAUACCAUCAGCUCUGGCUGCCAUGUUUGCCGCUAUGCCUUUUGUGGGUGCUUACUGGGCGUGCUUUCCAGCUGUAAUUGACCUAUGGCUAGUUCAGGAUAAAGGUCUUGCUGCCAUAGCAUGCUUCCUGGCUCACAUGGUGCCCUCCUACAUUGUGGAUACCUCAAUCUACAGCGAGAUCAAAGGGAGCCAUCCAUUCAUGACAGGCCUUGCAAUAGCAGGGGGCAUGUACUGUAUGGGGCUUGAAGGUGCUAUUCUGGGCCCCAUUCUUCUGUGUUGCCUGGUUGUUCUUAUCAACAUGUAUUCAUCCAUCCUCAAUACAGGGACACCAACUCAAGGGUGUAUAGCUGGAGGUCAGGCCUGCCCUGGUUCUGUGCAUACUUUCCGAAGUCAGACUCAGAUGGUGACAAAUUUCCCAGAAUCACUCAGUAGCACUGAGGUCAGACAUGGUCCACUUAACAUGAUGGAUGGCAGAAAGUCUGCAGAAAAGUGCGAGGCUAAGAUAGCUCCAGGAAAAAGAUCUGAUGAAAUCAUAGAGUCCUGGUAGCUCAUUCAGCAUCUGUCCUUGAACUGUCUUUUGUAGUAAUAGCAUUAUCAAGAUAAGAUUCUGUUUCAUGAUCCAUGUUCGCUGACAAUACCAACAGUCUUUUAUCAAGCAGUUUUUGUUUUUUAAACUCAAGUAGUUCACAGUUUCUUUGGCAAUAUAGAAACAGUACAACCGACAACCAGAUAUAUAUAACGAUAGGCAAUGGUUGUGGUGCUUAAUGGAACUACCUUUAGAUGUUAUUACUCUUUGACAUAGAGAGUAGUAUGUGUGUGCAUGUGUGCUUGCACUCAAAAGUGUGUAUAUAUAAUAUGAUAUGAACUGUUCACUCUUGCUUUAAAAUAAUUUAUUUUUGUUUGACAUGUAGAAAUGUAUGUCAUUGCUAAGAUUUUGACUAACAUUAUUUUGUGUACAUGCAUGCACGAACACAUGUUCACACUCACACACAGUCUUUACAUACUGAUGACAAGAGCAUGAUGGUGGUUAAAGAUCCAUCCAUUUUAUCCAUAUCUUGACUAAGUUGCUUUAGUGCUGUAUGUGUUGCAAGCAUGUACAUUUUUUGCUACAAGAUCUUUCAGAUUUUAUCAUUCCUCACUUACAUCUCCUUGAUAUUUUUUCUUGGCCUUGGCCUCCAGUAAAUUCUCUCCACAUUCUUGAAAUCAUCAUUGUUUGUAAAAUGCAUGAAGACUGCAUCACAGUUUAUAAUUGUGUGAUUUCUACAGAUUUUUAUAAUCACUAGAGUGUCUUUAUCAUAUUUUCUUUCUCUCUAUGGAUCUCUGGGUCAGUGUGUGGGGAGGAUGUUUUUGGCCAACUAGCAACACACUGCCAUAAAUCUGUCUCUGCUACACCACAUUAUGUGUCAUGUGCUGUGUGAAAAUAAAGACAUGCUUAUUGUAUAUUUCUUUCUUUUCUUUAUCAUUUACAUUAUUUCAUGUUGUCAUCUUCAUUGUCAUUUUAUUCUAUUUCUUAAUCAUUAACUGUAAUAUGGAAUGAAAACAACAGCUGUGUGUGAAUAUUAGUGGUUUCAAGAAUAUUUAUUUCCAAGAAAGCUUUCUUAAAGGAGUUACUGAAAUAUGUUGACAAAAGCAUUCAUUUGUAUACGAAACCUAUUUUUUUCUUCAGUUAUUAGAAAAUUCUGAAAAAAAACAUAUCUUGAAUGUAUCAUGCUUAUCAAACAUAACAUCCACCAUCACAAAGCUCAUUACAAGGCCAUGAAUCAAUGUGAAGAGCUAAGUUUCUGUAGAGAAUGGCAAAGCUUGUUCAAUGGGUUAAAGACCAUUUCCGACUAAUGUCUAUGCAUGGUUGCACAUAUCUGGCUGUUAAAAAAUAAAAUACAUGAAAUGUAUUUGUCAAUUUGAACUAAUUAAUGAGAUAUUUGUAACGACUGUUUUCAGUACAUCUUGAUUGUGGCAUAAGGUGAAAAAAGACUGCUAAAUAAAUUUGAUUAAUUCAACAACAUUGCAAAAUACAUAUGAUAUUAACUUCAAGAAAUCUUUUCAAAACAAAAUACGUUUAAGGUGUCAAUAUUCAUGGAAAGGUUCCUGUUACCCUUGUAUACCUAGGUCACUGUAUCCCAAAUGGCUGUUUUAUCAGUGCAAGUUAUCAAAUGAAGUGAGAAAAAAAAUUUAUGUAAACUUUUUGUGGUUAUCUUAUGUGGUGGAUUAAUUUAAUUUUAUUUAAUCAUAAUUUAAAAGGGAACAGAAUUUGUGAUAAACAUACACAUUAAGAUACUUUGUGAAAGGAAAUCUUAAUAUUGUAACAAUCUGUACACUAAAACUAUUGUUAUAAAUUCAUGAGAACAUUGUUUCUUUUCACUUUAAUGAUAAGAAAGUUGCAUAUGCAUUUGGCUUUCUGAUGGUUGUGGCCUUACAGAAGAGUGAUUCUGGUUCAUUUAUAUGUUGGGUACAUUUCCCAAUAAUUGCUGUGGAAUGGCACUAUUUUUGAGGAUUUUAGGUUCAAAAGUUCAUAGAGAUUUAUGUUAACUUUUUGAUUUGUGUAAGCUUGACCAAGAAGGCCAAGAGCUUUAUUUUGUUUAUUAAAAAAAAAAAGCAUCUCUGGAUUUUUGGUUCUCAAAUUGUCUUCCCUUUCUAUUUUGUAUUUGUCCAUCCUUACACUUUCUUUUCUUGCUUUCAUUUUUCUUUUUCUAUUUUUCUUUUCUUUUUUCUCCUUUUUUCAUCCUUCUUGUUGUUGACUAAAUGGCUAGUUCACUAGCUUGGGCUUCUCUAUAAAAGGUUAUUUUUAUAUCUUGGAAAGCAUGGAGUUGUUUAAGAAUUGCCAUACCUUGUUGUCAUAAUAACAGCAUCUCACUGAAAUAAUAUCUUCUUAUGUAAGUAGUCUCUGGGAUAACAGAGAUGAGUAUACCUGACAUCUCUCACAUUCAUUGCCAGUGUUAUGAUUUGUAGGUAAUCAUUCCAUUUUCAAACCAUAUAGUGCUUGAUUUUGUGUUAAAUCUGUUCAAAUUAUUUUUGAACUCACAACUGCGCUUUUUAUUUUUGCAAAGUCUUCGUUUUUCUGAUCUUGCAUCAGUGUAUAAAAUUAAAGUUUGUUGGGGGAACAGAAUGUACAAUUAAACUGUUUAUUUUAUUAGAAUGCUUUUAGUACAUGUGAUGUUUAUUUGAAGUAGUGGUGCUAAUUUGUUUCUAAAUUUAUCCUACUCAUUAACUUAAAUUCUUGCUGUUUUAUUGUCUUGAUCAGAUCUACAGUGCUUUUUACAAUUAAAUCAGUUUUCUUCAAAUUAUUUUUGAUCACAGUUUAUAGUUUUGUGUGUUCAUGGCAUUCAGCCAUUAUUUCAUCAUUUACAAGUUAGCUGUGGCUGGGUUUUUUUAGGGCAUAUAUGUGAUCAAAAUAACAAUAUUCUAAACAAUAUUUCAUAUUUAUUUUUACCACAGUGAUAUUAUGUGUUGUAGCUUCUUUUUGUCCAUAAAUGUUUUAGUUGAUUAUUAAAAAUGUUUUGUUAUAUUCCAAUCACUUUUAUGUUUAAUUAAAAGAAAGUGUAAUGUGCUACUGAAAUGAAGUUCAUGAGAGCAAGUAUAAGGCAUAUUGAAUAGAGAAAAGAUGGGUUGAUAACUGCAAACAUAAUUUUUAAGUGGCCAGAUGAGGUUAAAGUGGCAUGAUAAUACUGUCUUUAAAGUGUGAUGGUUUUUGUGUGGGAAAGGUUGUAUGUGUGGUUCAAGACCUAUGACAUGAAGUUUCAAUACUGUGAACAACAGCAGCAGCAACAGCAAACACAUGAAAAAUAGUUCCAGAACUUGACCUAGUGCAAUAAAUUUUCUUUGAGAAAUGCUGCAGAUCAUAAUGCAACAGCUAUUCUGCGUUUAAAUUGUGCCCUGCUUCUAAAUGGGUUACUGUUUCUUGUGAAAGUUAAUUGUCUGUUAACUGUUUAUUUGUUCCGUGUAUUUUAAUCUUCUGAUAUCCUUCCCUAGAUCCUCAAAACAGAAAUAGUAUCAAUCAUCAUCCAUUAUAUUUUCAUUUAGACUUUAUAGCUGAAUAUUUAAUGACAGCAGUUUUAAAUAUCAACAUUUUGUUCUGUAGCGAUAUGCAGCAUGAAUCUGCAAAAAUAUGUGUAUGCAAAUAGCAAUUUUAAAAAAGUGUUUUGAAUUUGAACAUAAUAUAUUUGAAUGUUGCUUUAUCACUUGACCCAAAGAAAGAUUAAGGGAAAGUAUUUCACUUUUUAGGCUUCUUUAUAUGAGUGAUAUCAUCCUGAUGUUACAUUUUGGUUUAACAGUCCAACCCACCACAGCUGGAGUAACUGCUGACCUCCUUUAUCUCCUAGUUAUACCUGUCAAAGUUUUGAUGGUUUGUUUGUUUUUUGGGGUUUUUUUUAAGUUUGUUCUGGUGGGUUCCCCCCCCCCCUUUGCUUUGAUUGUUGUUGGUUGUUUUUUUCUUGAAGUUUGUUCUGGUGGGUUUUUUCCCCCCUUUGCUUUGAUUGUUUUUUGUGGUUUUUUUGUUUUGUUUUUUUGUUUUUUUUGUUUUUGUUUUUGCUUUCUUUGUGGCCGUAAAUUAUGCAUUAUUGCGCUUUUUGUGUUGAAAGUCUAGUCUUAAGUGCAGUAGAGCUGCAAUUUCUUUUAGAAAGUCGUCGCCUGCAUAUAAGUCAUGAUCAAAGUUGUUGAUGUUUUUUGGGGGGACAGCAAAUUUUGAGAAAUGUUUGUAUUUCCUGUGGCAAUCUCUGCUUUGCACUGACAACUAACUGCCACUAUAGCUUAAUGCAGCCACGAAGAUCUUCAAUAAAAUAAAAAAUAUGUU